AUGGCAACUAAAGACGAGCAGCCACUGGUUCGCCGUGAUUCACCUUCGCCCUCGAGAACCCCAUCCGCAGCCAUACGCUCCAACAGUGCGGAUCCAACUCGAUGCAUCUCGACUGCCUCAUCUGCCUCCCGCACCUCUAGUACUGAUAGUUCCUACCGAAACUCGAUGGGGGCUGGAGAAGCUGGAUCUAGGUUGUCCUCUUCAAGCUAUGCCUCCUCUCGUCUAUCAGGAAGUUAUGACAGACCCCUGAAAAGGCGUGGCUUCACGAAGCCGCAAGGCACAGAUUUCGCCUCUAGUGCUAGACAUCGAGAAAGUGUCUUGAGUCUAGGAAGUAUAUCACAUCUUCAGUACUACUUUGCGAGAACCGGGCUGCUAGACGGAAAGGGGGGGCAAUUAGCCAGGAAAAGACAUCCGAAAGCUACCCUUGACCUGUCACAAUUGGAUUCUCCUUCGUUGCUGAGUCCAAAGCUCCCCGGCUCAGAUGUGGACUCUUCAUACGCUUCACUGGGGAGUAGCCCGGAUCUUGGGGCUCAGAGCUUUGUAGGGGGGCUCAUGGUCGAAUCACCCACCGAAGCUGUGUUUGAGCCUAAUUUCGAUGACUUUGAGGAGCCUGACCUAGAUGUCUUGCCCCCGACAACGAGCACCUACAAACAUCGAGAGAAGCAUAUCCCUAAGCCGCCUACCAGUGAAGAGUUGAAAGCAGAUUUGACGAAAGCUCUCGACAACGCCUCUGAGAUGUUAAUAGAGGCGGCACCAGUAAAGGGUAACAUACUACCUCCUGGCCGACCUGCUAAACCAUCACAGACGUGGUUUGAAGUUCAGGGAGUAAGGCUGCUCGAUAAGGCGACGCUAGCUAUUCGCGCUGCCAAGAUUUACUACACAACACACGAGCACCCAGACCGUCUAGAUGCCAUCAAGUCCGAAAAGGAGAUACGUUCAGAGUUGCUUUCCGUCUUAGAGGUACUGAAACACAUGGCGACUAGGAAUUUCACCGGUGGUCCUCGUAGCGACGAGCACAAGACGAUGACGACUUGGAUUGAAAGCAUCCGUGACAUGCUUAGAAAGGAAGAGGAGAUAGAGAAAGCCGAGCGGGCGGAGAGAGCCAGCUGGACAUGGGUGAAAGGCGACUGGUCGGGGAGAGAAGUGGAGCGCGAGCUUGCAUUUCUUAGCUCGAUCGACACGGAAACUGAGCCGCUCCCUCCAUGGACGCCGAUCAGUGAAGCAACAGAGCUCCCAACCCCAUUCUUGGAGAGCAUGCAAAACGGCCUCAGGCUCGUCAAGCUCCACAAUUCAGCUGUCAAGAAGUCAAGGCGACGCUUUGGUGCCAUUGGGACGUUCCACACGGAUACGCAGAAGCCAUACAGAUGCGCGGACAAUCUGAGGUAUUGGAGCAAAGCCGGGGAGCUGCGAUGGGAGGUUAUGCUCAAGGUGGAUGUUAUGGGGGUGGUAUACAAUAACAAUCCGCAAGUAUGGGUAGACUUCGAAGCGGCGAUCUGGAAGUGGUGCCAGAAAGUGCGGGAAGAGCUCGCGGCAGAGUGGGAGAAUGAAAAAUAA